UAUAUGUACUUUGUGAAAGAACUGGAUGCAGGCAAAUUUCAAGUCCCAACGCAUCCCCCGUUCCUUCCCAAUUCUUUCCUUUACGCAUUUCAUCAUUAUUUUAUUAUCAUUUGCAACGCCUCCCCAUCUCUCUCAGCAUGUCUGUUCCUUCUACUCUUUUUUUCUUCUUAUAAACUGUUGUUGUUUUUGGGGAUCUCGGUCAACAACAAUAUUUGGAAACCCUUGAGUUAAGAACACUAAUGUUCAAUAAAGGGGAUCUGUGUGAACAGUACAUGAAUCGGGUUCCUGACCUUACUCUGCAAAUUAGCCCUCCCAAUCCUGCUCCUUCCACAGCUUGCACCGGGAAUUCUUCCUUUGAUAUUUGGCGCAGAAACUAUGCCCUAAAUUCACUUACUUAUGGUUCCCAAGUAGACACCCAGCUUUCCUUAGCAAAUCCUGCAAGCAGUGCCUCACAGAUUGAUAGCCCUUCCCCAAACUACUUCCCAACUACCUAUGAUGAUCAAACCAGGCACAGAAAUCUUCUCAAGUGUGGCCAAAAUGGUGGUCAACUAAGUAAUAUAAACCAUGGAAUUUCAUUGCUUGAUGUUCCGGGACCGAAACCCACCGAGGGGAUUCCAGGAUACAGUAACACUAUGUCGCUCCCCUUUUUGAGCUCCGAUAGUUUUGUAGAUAUGGAUCCUGAUAAGUUAGAAUUUUAUUCUUCCUCGGCAGCUUCGGUGUUGCACUCAGCCGAUGCUUGUAGAAGAGCAAGUGAAGCAGCUAGGUUUAAUGGGAUUUCACUGGAGAAGCUUAGGCCCCAGUUUCAUCAUCACUACGCCCAACAUGGGCCGGCAAUGGGUAGCUCCAGAUUUAUACCUAAAUUACAAAGUAGCAAAAGGAAUACAAGAACACCCAGGAUGCGUUGGACCAGCUCUCUUCAUGCUCGUUUUGUUCGUGCUGUAGAGCUUCUUGGUGGUCAUGAAAGAGCAACUCCCAAGUCAGUGUUAGAGCUAAUGGAUGUGAAAGAUCUAACCCUCUCCCAUGUUAAAAGCCAUUUACAGAUGUAUAGGACUGUGAAGAGCAGUGACAAACCUGCAAGUUCCUCAGAAAAAAUUAGAAAUGGGGUGGAGUGUGCAGAAGAAGACUGUUUGGGUGUUAGCAGAAAUACAGUGAGUGGAAACGAUAAGUGUUCAGAGAAGCAGGGAUCAACAUCUACAAAUUUGAGCAUACAACAUGAUUAUGAUGAAAAUAAUAAUUCCAUUCAUCGAUGGACUAACUCCUCAAGUAGAGGAGUUGGGUUGUCGAGUUGGAGGAAUCCAGAUGAGUGCAGACCACAAACUCCAUCAUCAUCUUAAUCUGGAACACAGUUUGAUGGAAGCAGUUUAUCUCAACAAAUCUUGAGGGUGUCAAGCGUAGAGCUCCAUAACCCAAGCUUGCACUUCAGCUUAGGAAAACAGACGACAGACUAAGUUAGGAAGGUUAAUUAUGGUUAAUGGAUUAUGGGCAAACAAUUUCUGGAUAUAUAUAUAUAUAUAUAUAUAUAAUAUAUAGAGAGAGAAUUACAUCUUUUCAUGCAAGUCGCUUGCACACUAUUACUCUGUGUGUCUAUAUAUGGUUUUAGGGUUGGGGCUAAAGCUGAAGUUGUUGCUGGUGAACGUCAUUCAAUCGAUUAUUGUGAUUCAAGUUAAGUCUCUAACAAUUUAAUUUAUUAUAUAGAUUUGUAAUUCAUUCACUGCCAUUAAAUGAUAAUUGGUGAACGAAAUAUUUUAUAUGAAAAUAUAUAUAUUUAUGUUAUUUGAAUUUGUUAA